AUCCUCUGUAAAUAUCGAAUUUGAUCGUUUUCCUAUUACUUUUCCAGAACGAGCAAAAUAAGUGUAUUUUUUGUUCCAAAAUUAACCCCAAAACAGACCUCUGCGUCAACGGCUGUCACUCACAAGGGGGUGCUCACUUUUGACAGCUCAUCCCACACCGAUCAGAUGUGUUUUGAUUUCGCAGCAGGCGUGUUGUCGUUGUAAACAAACCGCAAGCCAGCACACACGCUGUCUGCACCGGCAUUUGCGCGAAACCGGCCACGGCGUUUGGUUUCCAGGGCGAUGACUAAGUUAACGCGCGUGUGUCUUUCGUUGCGAGCCUGCUUUUCCACCCAGGUGCGACCGCUAGCAUCGGCACCGAGCCAGGCACCACCGGUGCCCGUGGUAACCUGCAAACGGCAGCAGUUUAAUCUGUACCAGAGUGAUCUGCCGGCAAACCCUGAUCGGAUAAAGUUUGGCGAACUGCCACUCGCUUCGGACGGGUGGCGACAUCGUCGAUCCAAUGGAGAUUACUUCAUCAUUCACCCGGUGCAGCGGGCAUUCGAGGCGUACGGUUUGAGCGAGCGGACAUUCGGCGAACUCGGCAUACGUGAGUCGUUGGUGGAAAAUCUCAAAAAGCAACAUGUACUUUCGCCCACACAUUACCAGGCGGAAGGCAUUCAGGCGAUGCUUGACGGGAGCCAUAUGCUGCUGGCCGCUGAGACGGGCUGUGGCAAGACCUACACGUAUCUGGUGCCCGUGGUGGAACAGAUUCUACGCCGAAAGCUGCAUGAAAGGCAGCGCGAGUUUAACACUCCUCUGAUGCUGAUCAUUACGCCGGGCCGAGAGCUGGCCCAACAGAUUGGCACGGUUGCGACGAAGCUAACGGAAGGGUUGGGCAUUAAAACGCGCGUGGUGCUCGGUGGGCGAACGAAGCAACAGAUGCUGAAUCCAUCGUUCGAAGACAUCGACAUACUGGUGGCAAGCUUCGGUGCCAUCAGCAAGCUGAUAACGAAUGGGAUUUAUCGCAUGGAGGAGGUCCGGUACGUCGUGCUGGACGAAGCGGACACACUGCUCGAUGACAGCUUUAACCCUAAGCUGAUGCACCUGAUGAAACGGUUCCCGUUCCACAAGAACCAUCUGCAGGACCUGGGGCAAGAUAUUCAAGGAACGCAGAUGAUACUGGCGGCCGCCACAAUGCCAUCCAAUAUGGAAGAACUCCUUUCGAAGCUGGUGAACGUAGAAACGAUCGAUCAGGUUGUGAGUCCCAAUCUGCACCGCCUAAUGAGCCACGUUACGCAACGGUUCAUGUGCGUACGCAAAUCAGAUCGACCCCAGAUCCUGCUCGAUCUCGUGCGUACGGAUGCGAAGCGCAACGUACCAACGAUCAUUUUUAGCAACAAAACGCCCGCCUGUGACUUUGUGUCGAUGCACCUGAACGCACACGGAUUCCCGUGCGUGAAUCUGAACGGGGACAUGAUACUGAAGCUACGGUUGGGACAGUUUGAAAAGUUUCAGCAGGCGGAGGUAAACAUACUGUCAACGACGGAUGUGGCAAGCCGUGGAUUGAACACGAUCCGGGCGGCACACGUGAUAAAUUUCGAUUUUCCACUGUACACGGCGGAUUACAUACACCGGGUGGGACGUAUCGGGCGCAUCGGGAGCAGUAACGACUGUUUGGCGACGAAUCUUAUUUCAAGCCAGGCGGAAAUUGGCGCCGUACAGCGGUUGGAACAUGCGGCCCGCACGACCAGCUUGCUGCGGAACGUGGACGCGAACGUGAAGGGCAUAAUUCGGCGAAGAGUUAUGAAGAGCAUGGGAAUACCGAACGAGGGAAUGAUUCCUGGUUGAGUAGUGAGAGGAUAACAUAGUCAAACUAAGCGAGAAUUGUUAAAGCGUUAGGUUUAUGUAGAUUUAAUAAAGAAAAAUCCAAAUAAUUGCUUCUA